UUUUUGAUAGAUAUGGUUAUCAUUUCCAUGUACGUAUUUAUGUCACAAAACUCUUACCUAAACCUAUGGAAAUUGGAACAGCUGUUGCAGAACCAUCGACUACCUCACCAGAACAACCGAUUGAUAAGCCAGAGCCCAUUAACGAUGACAAAAAAUCGAUACAAUUAUCACCUAGUGUUUUAAAUAUCGAAAAGAAACAUUUGCCAUGGGAUGGGAAAGAGGUAGAAAUAAUUGUAUUAGACAGUGAUUCUGAAAAGGACGAUGAUAUGACUAUUGAAAAGGGUAACAAAGUUCUAACGGAGGUGGUCAGCACGCGGGAUCCUGACAGUGAUGCAGCUUCUAAGGUGAACAAUGACAAUAAUAUGGUGCUGGACUGUGAUGAUGAAUACAUCUACAUCUACGACGAUGAUGACGAACAUGCAUAUCUAGACCAACAGCAACAGGAAGAACAGAGGAUUUUAGAGGUUGAAUCUGACGAGCUUUUCUUAAAAGACGAUCCACAAGAUUUGAUGCAAGACAUACAAUCAGCAAUAUUUUAUUGGCAUUGGGAUGAAGACGUGAAGAAAAAGUUACCGAUGGCUCCAUUAAUAAAUGACGAUUUUACACUUUACUUACAACUUCAGAAUGCAAUAUCCAGAUCUACACUUAGUCCUGAAGCUGUUGAAAAACUUAAAAGGGAACUGCCUCCGAUACCGGAAGGAAAACUUGACGCUCGUGAAUCAUGGGACAAUUACUUUAAAUUUAGAAAAGAAUAUGCUAUUAACAAACGCAUGGCUCAAAGGCAACGUUAUGAAAAAAAUUAUAUUGGAGAUAGUGAUGAUGAUGAAUUGACUUAUGCUUCUGGAAAAACUGCUGAAGUAAUUGAACAACGCAAAGAAAGAAUGGCGCUUGAACAGGGAUACAGUAGGCGUUAUGCAGAGCAGGAAAAACUUGCAGACCCAAAGGAUGGGGUCAUUAUUAACCUUGGACAUCUUGAAAACGAAGACAACAUCUACAUUCCUGAUUCAUUAAGUAAAAAAUUGAAGCCUCAUCAG